GUAGCAUCAGUUUCCGCUCAUUCGACGUAAGCGUUAACUAAUUUUCUUUGCAUCAAGAUGACUGGACGUGGAAAAGGAGGUAAAGGUUUGGGAAAAGGAGGAGCCAAGCGUCAUCGCAAGGUUUUGCGUGAUAACAUCCAGGGCAUCACUAAGCCUGCUAUUCGCCGUCUGGCUCGUCGUGGUGGUGUUAAACGUAUCUCUGGUUUAAUCUAUGAAGAAACCCGUGGUGUCCUCAAAGUGUUCCUUGAAAACGUCAUCCGUGACGCUGUCACUUAUACCGAGCAUGCAAAAAGGAAGACUGUCACUGCUAUGGAUGUUGUCUACGCUCUCAAGCGUCAAGGCCGCACUCUUUACGGCUUCGGCGGUUAAUUUGAUUUCCCAUCCUGACAAUAAUCGGCCCUUUUCAGGGCCAACAUAUAUUUCUAACGUAGAAUACACUAGAUUGUCUAACUUAAAAAAUCUCAAAAUCAACGAUUAGUUAUGUAAUCAAAUAUUAGCAACAUCGUAAUAGGUUUAUGAUUGACAUAUCAUUUGAAAUAAAAACAAUACUUAGUCUAUAAAGAUUUAUUUUUCACAUACCAUUGUGCAACCUACAAAACCACUUACAUCUAUACAAGCUAGCAUACAUAAAUACAUAAAACUUAGUUUUAAGUUAUAACUAAUAGAAAUAAGAAAAUAUGAAAAAUAACAAAACAACUAAGUUACUCUACUUACAUUAAUUUCUUGGAUAGCAGUACUACGUUAUCUGCUGGUCAAGGCAAUUCUGCUUACCAUGUCCAUAUUAGUAAUUUGGUUUUAGUUUGAACCCUUUUUUUCAUUUUAAGUUUACUACUGUUUGUAAUAUUGAGACUCCUCAUUUCUCUAUAUUUAUAUAUUAGUAGCAAGGUAUCAAUGACUUCGGAGUUUUGUUAACAUAUUCAACAUAACAAUUUAUUUCUAGUAAUAUGUUUUGAACUUAGGAAUUCAUUUUUAUUGGUUCGAUUACUAGUUCUCCUUUACUGCUUCCAAGUGUUCUUUCAUAGAAGGAUGGAGUGAUAUGUUACAAUUAUUGACCAAAAUUUUGAUAAGUUUAUGUUGUAUUCUUUGGACAUUAUUCAUUACAUUAACUAGAGGCACGUCUUCAUAUAGGUUAUAAUACCAUAAGCAGCUAUACUUUCAAACUGGGCAUUAUAGAAUAUCAUUAGGUUUUACAUCCACUGAAUUUCUCAAUUUUGACAUUACAUAUAUAUAAUAUAUUUGAUUUUAUUUACUGUAUAAUCUUUCUGAUACUCUCAUUUAAGUCGCAAAACAACCAUUACACGAAGAAAGUUAUAAUAGUUAACAAUAUUUACGAGAUUAUUUAUAUGUAUGUUUAAAUCUUUUGGAAUACUACUGUCACUGUACAUUCAAAUAACAUGUAAACUAUUUACGAUAAGUCUCAUUUAUCUUAAAACAUGGUGAAUAUUAUAAAUUCAUCCUAAAAUUUCAGAAAUAAAGUGUAAAUCACGAUUAUUCAUCUUAUUCGUUUGAUUUGUAUGAUUAAAAAAUGAGAUUUCAAAAAUAGUUUAAAAUUAUUAGGUGUUUUGUCCUAGUUGGAUUGGAAUCCUCAGUAAUGAUCCAACAUGGCUCCUUAAUCAUCUAACUACUUGAUGUUACAUAGUUGAGGAAAGAUAAUAUGCAGGAUUUAAUUAUACAAAAGUUAUAGUUAUUGAAAAUUUACUUCAUCUUGUUGGCAGUAUAUGUAUCUAUAUAAUAGUAUAAUAUAUUUACAUCUUUACAUGCGUGUGGCAUACAUAUCUAUAUAUAGUAAGGCAGUUUAUUUAUAUUACUAUGUUAGUAGUAUAUGUAUUUAAUGUUACAAUUUUUAAUUCUAGAAAUUUAGUAACAUUUAGAAAGUUUUCUCGAUCAAUUUGUUAACGACAAAACUAGAGAAUUGAUAUUAUCUUGAUGUACUUAAUUACGAUGUGAUUUUUUUAAAGAUUUGUAAUAAAAUAACGUCAUUAAUUAGAAAUUUUGACAAAAAUAUCUAAAUUGGAUAUUUUGAAUGUGAACAUUCUUACAUUACAUCAGACGGAUAUUCAAAUUAUUUGCAUACGUUUUAAAAUAUAUGAUGGCCCUGAAAAGGGCCGAUUAUUAUUUCAAAUGAGGGUUUAAAAAUUUAC